AUGCCGCACGAAAGGAGCGUAGAGAUUUGGAACGCGCUGGCGGCGGCCUACGUCCACGACUCGCGAUUCAACGAGGCCAAGCGAUUGUUUGACGAGAUGCCCGAGAGAGAUGUCUUCUCCUGGACGGGGAUGGUGGCGGCCUACACCACGAGCGGUAACUUGGAUCUUGCCAGGAGGAUGUUCGACAGCAUGCCCGACAAAGAUCUUGUCGCCUGGAACUCGAUGAUUGCAGCGCACUGUCGUGUCGGGACUGUGGACGACGUGCUGCGCCUCUACACCGGUCUGCUGCUGGCCGGCACUGUCCCCGACGAGGUGACAUUCACGACCGUGCUGGGAGCUUCCAGCCACGCGGGGCUCCUGCGCGAGGGACUGGCUUACUUCGUCUCGAUGACGCUCGAUCACCGGAUCAUGCCUUUGCACCGCCACUACCGCUGCGUGAUCGAUCUUCUCGGGAGGUCCGGGCUGCUGCUGGAUGCCGAGCAGCUGCUCAAAGGCCUGCCUUACAACUUCGCGGCGGAUGACAUCGCUGGAGCGGCGUUCCUGGGAGCUUGCAAGACGCACAGAGACGUCGAUCGUGGAGCUCAAGUUGCGAGAGAAGUGAUAGAUAUGGAUGCCAAGGAUGACACUCCAUAUGUGCUUCUCUCCAGCAUCUACUCCGGACGAAGAGCUGUGUAG